UCGACUCGUGUAGGAUAUUGCGGGAAGAAAGCCAGUAAUUAUCGCAGGCGAUUUUAACGCAUGGGCCGUAGAGUGGGGCAGUCAAAGGACUAACCAAAGAGGACGAGUACUGCUAGAAGCAUCUGCUCUCCUGGACUUGGUGUUAGUUAAUCAGGGUAGCACUAACACCUUUAGAAGAGGAGACGCAGGAUCUAUCGUCGACCUGACCUUUGUUAGUAGUUGCCUUAUUGGCUUAAUUGACAAGUUGACCGUGAGUGAACACUACACAAAUAGUGAUUACUAGGCCAUAAUAAUGGAGGUAAGAAAAGCAGAGCAGAGACCCAGCGCGAGUACAAGGACCAACAGAGUCAGUUCGAAAACGAAGGAUUAUGAUAAGGAGACGUUCCUACUGGCACUGGAAGAAUUGCAACUCUCGGGGACGGCGAACAGCAAGGCGGAACAGGUGAUGGGUAAUAUGACGACCACCAGUAUAUUGGCGGGACAGGUUGAGAGUGCGCGCAGCGAGUGUCACCGGACCAGAAGAAGAGAAUAACGGGCAAGAAACUAAUACUAUAAAACCGGAAGAGACCAGGAAAUAGUAGAUGACCGCGGACAAGAAAUGAAGGACGCUAAACGGAAGCUUAAGAAGACAGACCGCGAAAACAAGCGACGGUGCCUUAAAGAACUACAGGAUGAGGUCAAAUAGGACCCUUGGGAUCGACCUUACAAAAUAGUAAUAAAGAAAAUUAAAGGAAGUUACGUACCCCCUCCAAAAUGCCCGGAACUAUUACACCGGGUAGUGACCACACUGUUUCCCAGGCAACUGGAAGAGCCAAGUAUCAUCGAAAGAGGUGCGAAUAAAGAGGCUGUUCCACUGAUCACGAUGAUCAUCCAUGCUCAUCCAGAGGUCUUCGUAGACUUGUAUAAUGCAUGUCUAGAAGAGGGAACAUUCCCCACAAACUGGAAGAAACAGCGUCUCGUGCUUCUGCCAAAAGGAAAGAAGCUACCCCAGGAUUCCUCAUCAUACUGACCGCUCUGCAUGUUGGACACCCCGGGUGUUACCGACGUAAGCUUGCUGAAAUACAAACUUCUAUAGGCGAGCAUCUCAGCGCUACGGUUAUGGAAACCGGCAGCGUAGGCUGCGUGCACGACGAUCAAAUGGGAUCGAUCGGGGCCGCUUCCCUCACCCCCAGCCGGUUACGGCUGAUUAAUUGGUGAGGCCCGGAACAGACGAAAACUUGGGAGCGUUUCGCUGUGGCCAGUUUGCCCUAGGGAGAUGCGUCGUCUGGAAGGGUAGCCUGCUUUGUAGUAGCGGCUCGCUUGUAUUUCGGGGACAGCUAACUUACGAAGGAAGCAUUUUAGAUGUCGCGGGGUAAUAUUUGGUUGAUAGUGUUCGCGUAUAGUAAUAAUAUAAUUUGUAAUUACUGUUCUCGGCGUGGGUUUUCUCCUCGUGAGACAAUACGUGGAGUUUUCCCCACGUCACAGACUUCGGUCUGGACAAAUGUGGGAACAGUAAGCGCGCGAUUUAUGUAUAUUUUUUCGGCUGCAGAGAGUGUACAGGACAAAGGUCGAGUUGUGCCGCGCACGUGAGGCCGCGUUGUUUUCGGGUUUGAGUUUUAUGGCUUUUCCUCGUAGGAAAAGUAUGUAGGCUCGAAUUCGAAUCUCGAGUAAGCGCAUCUGGCCAGCAUAGCAUCGGCUCGAGCGUGGGCCCGCGCUGUUGAGCCGAGCUGUGCGGCGCGGAUGUUGGGCUCGAGUUUUAUGGCGGAUCGGAUUAGCGCGGGCGGCGGGGACAGCUUCGACAACGAGUGCUUUGUUUUAGAGUUUUUGUGUGGAUGAGUGUGGAGAAGGGCAAUUUGGAAAUUCCCAGCGACUGAAAAACGAUCGGCGGCUAGCGGCGGGGUCGAGCGUCGAUCGUCUGCGAGGACGGCUGCGGGGGAGGCAGUCGAGAGCUGAACUCCGAGCAGUGCGCUUCGCAAUUUGUAUUUUUGAAUAUAAUUUAUAUUUCUUUUCUGAUUUUAUUUGUGUUUAAAUUAUUUUAUCCUUUCUUCGCAAAUUACGCGAGAAUACUCUCGUGAGUAUUAACAGUUUGGUGCCGAAACCCGGGAAUUUGCGGGAGAAUAGUGCGUAAUUUGAGUAGAAAAAAGAUAAGCGAGAAACUUCAACGAGCUGUUAGCACAGUGUGUGCCGAUCAUUCCACUUUGUCGCCGAUCACCUGCGCUGCUGUCAGCCGAGGAGAGAGAGAGUGAGGAUUCAUUGUGUCACGAAGCCAGCAGAGAAAAAGGCAAGAAGAUGAAUAAGCUAGCCGUGAGUAAAGGGAAAAAGGCAGCAGGAAAAGCGGUGCCGACGGGCAAGGCGAAGGGAGCCGCGUCAAUAGCGACGCGUGCACGUGAGCAGGCGAAGCGCACUGAGGCAGUAGCCACGGUUGCUGAUACCGUCGUGGGGAAAGGUGCUACGAAGCCUGUCUCCCAGCGAACUUCAGCUAAGAGAGCGCGCAAUGUAGUGUCUCCUGUCACCAAGCCGGUCGAGUCGCGGCAGCUUUCAGAAGGCCAGCAUGUCCAGCUACAUCGUACGCGCCUGCAGGAACCCGAUACGAUCGUCGCCGAGGUCGAAGUACAUCAGUCACCUACGACGAAAGUCCACAGGCCAGUAUGCAGCAAGAAGAAUCAUCAACCGCUCAAGCCGAAGUCAACCCGACGACGGCACCCAAACGCGGGCGUGCACCAACUCGCACAAAACGCAGCAGAGCGCCUGUGGCUACGAGAGACGCAAGACAGGAAGGGAGAUCAUCAUCGUUGCGCUGCCGUGUCCGUUCGAGAUUAGACCGCGAAGGAACACCGCGUUCGGAGGAGUCCAACUAUGAAGAGCAGGCACGGCAACAAACCCGACACAUCCAUCUGCGGGACAGUCGUGUUAUAGAUCACGAUGAAGAAAGUACCGAGUCGCUUUCGCCCCCGCGACGCGCUCAAUUUGACACGUUUGGCGAGACGACUAACAACAUCAGCCAGAAGCUCAAUGAGCAUCUGAGCGGUUUUUCAAAUUUCAGGUUCAGACGAGAAUGGAGCUUUGAAGAUGUCAAAGCAGCGUUCGAAGCAGGUUUGGCAGCGCAAAGGCGCACACUACCAACACCGUGUCGCCAGCACGUUUCCGCUUAUCGUGGAUCACCGAGAAGGGACAUAUCUCCACCAACACCAACGGAGCAGCUCACCAGACGAGCGACUAGGCAAGGGAGCGAGUCGUUUACUCAUGCAGUUUUAGCGGCUGAACGAGGACACGCUCCGCUUCAUCCGACAUCAACGGCGGUGCAGGAUCGCUCGCCGUUUCGAUCUACUGCAGCAGUGCGUGAACGCACGCCAACACAGUCAUCGUCAGCGGCAGUGCGAGAGCGCACGCCGCCCCAGCCAUCACCAACGAGCAUGCAGUCUCAACCAACAUCAGCGGUAGUGCGGGGACGCACGCUGCUUAGAACGACGGCAUCUUCAGCGGUAGUGCGAGGACGCACGCCGCCUCCCACAGCGACGGCAGCGCGUAGACGCACACCGUCUCCCACAGCGUCAGCUCAGGCGGAGAGAGAGGCGCCAACUUCUUCGAUCAACGGCUAUCGGAGCGGAUCAAAGCGGUUAAAUGUAAGCGAUGCGUCUCAGACACUGUCAACCAAACGCGGUAGGAUUCAGUUUUGCGAGCAGGAAAAUUGCGAAGAUUUAAGUAACGAUAGUAGGGACAGUGAAGAGAGCGACCACGAAUGUACGCGCGGAUGGAGUAGAGGCACGCGGACGCGAGAUACUGACGCUUAUAGAAACGACUCUCGAGCCGAGGAUCGGUUAUCUCGCGCAAUCGAGGACACCUUGGCCACGGUUAGAGAGUCGAGUUUAUCUAAUUGCAACACACAGUUAUUGACACGAAUGACGUCGGUAAAAACACUGCAUACCUUUUCGGGUGAUCCGUUUGACUGGAUCCGAUUCAAAAAAUCUUUUGAAAUGUCAACAACGCUCGGAAAAUAUUCAGAUCGCGAGAACGUAACGCGGUUAGCCGAUUCCUUAAGAGGAGAUGCAUACGACGCUGUACGCGCUCUCUUUAUUUCGGGCAAUAGUUCCGACGAUAUAAUGCAUACGUUAGAGAUGCGUUUCGGCAAUACUACCGUUAUAUUAGAAAAAAUAAUUCGUGAGGUCAAAGAUUUGCCGAGCGUGUUAGAGCGUAAAAUUACAUUCGUAGAGUUCGCUACGCGUUUACGUGCCGCCGUGUUAGCAGUGAAAUCGUUAGAUAUUGACGAGGGAUAUUUAAAAAAUCAGGAACUUGUCAACGGGCUACUUCGGAAGUUGCCAGAGACCAUCGCUUAUAACUACGGUAGUUACGCGACUGGAGAAGGGAAAAAUAUGCCGGCUUUGUUACGUAUUGCAGAAUACGUUUACAAGAAGGCAGAAAUGAAGAUUACAGCGGGCGUGGUCACUCUCGACACUUUGGAUGUACCGCGGCAUGCGAAAAAUUUGAACCAAAGUACUCGCCAUAGAGAUAGAGGGGUUUGCGAGACGAUAGAAGAAGCUUCGGAACGAAUUGAUCAAGUCAUAGUUAUAAAUGAAUUUGCUAACUGGGAAAUGCACGGUUGGUCUAGUAACGCGCCGGAAGUUUUAGAAAAUUUAGACGUUAGUAAUGAUUCAAAUAACUUAGUGAAAGAAAAUGUAAAUGAACCGGAAAUUUGGAACAGUAAAAUAGAUUGGGACGAAGUUCUGAAAGAAGCAGAAUUUUUACACUGGCAACUGUGGUUACGCGAGUUAGAUAGGGUAAAAUUAUGUAGUAUUCCGCGGUGUUACCAAAAUUUAAACUGUCAAAUUAGAGAAGCCGAACUUCACGUUUUUUGCGACGCGAGUACAAAAGCAUAUGCGUCGGUAGCAUAUUGGCGUUUUACAUUAAAUGAUAAUUUAUUUCAUGUCUCUAUUAUAAUGGCGAAAAGUCGCGUAGCACCCUUGAAACCAUCCACUAUUCCGCGUUUAGAAUUGCAAGCAGCCCUUAUGGCGACUAGACUAGCAAAUACGAUUGCUAAAGAACACGACUUUAAGAUCACGCGGAGAGUAUUCUGGUCAGAUUCGCAAACAGUAUUACAUUGGAUUAAAAAAGAUCCGCGAGAAUUUAAAAUUUUUGUUGCAAAUCGUUUAGACGAAAUUAGGGAAAAUUCAGAAGUUAGUGAAUGGAGAUGGAUUCCUACGAAAGAUAAUCCCGCAGAUGACGCAACGCGAACCGCUCCGUACGCGCUAGAUAAGAAUAGCAGAUGGUUCGCGGGGCCGCCUUUCUUGCGUGAAGUAGAAUCUUCAUGGCCGUUAGAUAAAGAUCAACUCAAAGUUAACACAGUAGAUUUAGAAUAUAAAAACACUGAACAACCGAUAUUGACUACGACAAUAUGA